CAAAAACACACCAUAAGAGUAACGUCACAUUUGUCCAGUUUGAAUUGGCUUUCUGCCUUUUUCUUCCACCUAAUUAAUAGUAUGAUGAAUAAUCACUAUGAUAAUUGAACCCACUUUCACUUUCUUCACUGAAUGAAUGAGUUCUUCUCCUGAUGCAAUAAAAAUGGCUGAAAAUCACACAGCAUUCCCCCAACCAGAAACUGGUGAUGGGGUUCUUUUGUUUGCAGUGAAUGGAGUGAAGUUUGAGUUGGCAAGCAUUGACCCUUCCACUACUCUGCUUGAGUUCUUACGCUCUCAGACCCCUUUCAAGAGUGUUAAACUUGGCUGUGGUGAAGGUGGCUGUGGUGCUUGUGUGGUUAUGCUAUCAAAGUAUAACUCAGAAAUUGACCGAGUUGAAAGUUUUUCUAUGAGCUCUUGUCUUACCCUUCUUUGUAGUGCGAAUGGUUGUUCAGUUACUACAAGCGAAGGCUUAGGAAACAGUAAAGAUGGUUUCCAUCCAAUUCAUCAAAGGUUUGCUGGAUUCCAUGCUUCCCAAUGCGGCUUUUGCACGCCUGGAAUGUGCAUGUCAUUUUACUCAGCACUCACCAAUGCAAAAACAUUGGAGAGGCCGGAUCCUCCACCGGGAUUCUCCAAACUUACCAUUACUGAGGCAGAAAAUGCUAUAGCAGGAAAUCUUUGUCGCUGUACUGGAUAUCGACCCAUAGCUGAUGCAUGUAAAAGUUUCGCGGCAAAUGUUGAUUUGGAGGAUUUAGGGCUGAAUACAUUUUGGAGGAAAGGAGAACCAGAGGAACACAAACUUAGAAGUCUGCCUUUGUUAAAUCCAGAUCUUCAUGUCAGUAAAUUUCCAGACUUUCUGAAAGGAAAAAUCGAUAAAACAAUGAAGUUGAAAUUUGGAAAUUGUUGUUGGUACAGUCCUACUAGCCUAGAGGAGCUUAAAGCCCUAUUGAAUUCCAAUGCAUUUAACAGCAGUAGGAGGAUUAAGCUAAUUGUUGGUAAUACAGGUAUGGGUUACUACAAGGAGAAAGAGUGCUACGAGAAAUACGUUGAUCUGAGGCAUAUACCUGAGCUUUCUGUGAUAAGAAAAGGUCAAAAGGAAAUUGAAAUUGGUGCUGCCGCGACAAUCUCUAGGGUCAUUACCUAUCUGAAGGAUUAUGAUACAAUAACUGCAUCCUCUGAUGGCAAGCUAUUUCUACAAAAGAUUGUUAACCAUAUGGAGAAAGUUGCUUCGGGGUUCAUUAGAAACACCGGAAGUAUUGGAGGGAAUCUUGUAAUGGCACAAAGGAAAGGUUUUCCUUCAGAUAUAGUUACCAUACUUCUUGCUGUAGGUUCAAAUGUUAGUAUUAUGACCGGUCAGAAACAUGAAAGUCUUACACUGGAAGACUUUUUAGCUAGCCCACCCAUGGACUCGACUAGCCUGCUACUUAGUAUAAAGGUUCCAAUUUUGGAACCAGAAAGAAAUGGUAUAGUUGCUGGAUCUAGUUCUAAGUUGGUUUUUGAGACCUAUCGUGCUGCGCCACGUCCACUCGGGAAUGCUUUACCUUAUCUGAAUGCUGCAUUCUUAGCAAAUGUGUCUCCUCAUGAAAAUGGAAUACUAGUAAACAGUAUUCAUUUGGCUUUUGGUUCUUAUGGGACAAAACAUGCAAUACGAGCAAGAACUGUUGAGAAAUAUAUUUCAGGAAAUGUAGUGAGUGCUAGUGUUCUGCUCAAAGCAGUCAAAUUAGUUCAAGAAGCUAUAAUACCAGAAUAUGGUACUUCACAUGCGGCUUAUAGGAGGAGCUUGGCUUCAAGUUUCCUUUUUCAGUUUCUUUCCCCAUAUGCCAGUGAUCUAUCUGCUAAUUUUGGUGGUUUGCAUGGUGGACUUAGUGAAAAUGUUCAGGAGAUGUCUCCCACAAACAAUUGUAACAGUUCCAAUGGUGAAUUAGCAAAUUUAGCAUUGCUGUCAACAGGAAGUCAGCAGAUAAAACCGAAUUCAGAGUAUUACCCAGUUGGAAAAGCAAUGACAAAGUUUGGAGCUGCUAUUCAAGCUUCAGGAGAAGCUGUGUAUGUAGAUGACAUACCUUCACCUCUGAACUGUCUGCAUGGAGCAUUUGUUUACAGCACGAAGCCUCUAGCACGGGUGAGAGGUGUUGAUUUUCAAUCAAAUGCUGAACCAAGUAGAGUUGCUGCUGUUCUAUCUUAUAAAGAUAUUCCAAGUGGUGGGGAAAAUGUAGGAUCGAAGGGUUUACUUGGUUUUGAACCUUUAUUUGCUGAUGAACUCACCAGGUGGACUGGAGAGCCAAUUGCAUUUGUGGUUGCGGAAUCACAGAAAUUAGCUAAUUAUGCAGCUAACUGUGCCCUGGUCAAUUAUGAAACCAAGGAUUUGGAUCCCCCGAUUUUAACUGUUGAAGAGGCUGUCAAGAAGUCAAGUCUUUUCAAGAUCCCUCCAUUCUUGUGCCCUCAGCAAGUUGGUGAUAUUUCAAAAGGUAUGGCUGAAGCUGAUCUCAACAUUCUUUCCACCGAGCUUAAACUUGGAUCACAAUACUAUUUUUAUAUGGAGACACAAACCGCCCUUGCUGUCCCUGAUGAAGAUAACUGUCUGGUAGUUUAUAGUUCAAUUCAAUGCCCAGAGAUCGCACACAGUGUAAUUGCAAAAUGUCUUGGGAUACCAGAGCAUAAUGUCCGCGUCAUCACCAGGAGGGUUGGUGGAGGAUUUGGUGGCAAAAUGCGAAGAGCAAUCCCUGUUGCGACAGCAUGUGCACUUGCAGCGCACAAAUUGCGGCGUCCUGUCAGGAUAUAUCUCAACCGCAAGACUGACAUGAUAAUGACUGGAGGAAGACAUCCCAUGAAAAUAACUUACAGUGUUGGAUUUAAAUCAAAUGGAAAGAUUACAGCGUUGCAUCUGGAUAUAUUAAUAAAUGCAGGGAUCUCAGCUGAUAUGAGCCCAAUCAUACCAUUAUUCCUGAUUAAUUCUCUUAAAAAAUAUAACUGGGGUGCUUUGUCUUUUGAUAUAAAACUUUGCAAGACAAAUCAUUCCAGCAAAUCUUCAAUGCGAGCUCCUGGAGAAGUUCAGGGAUCUUUUAUUGCUGAAGCUAUAAUCGAACAUGUUGCAUCUACACUUUCAAUAGACGUUGAUUCUGUUCGCAAUGUAAACAUUCAUACAUUGGAAAGCCUGAAACUAUUCUAUGGGGAGUCAGCGGGUGAAGCUGCAGAGUACACUUUGCCUAAUAUAUGGAAAAACUUGGGCGGAACUUCUUCCUUGAAGCAAAGACUAGAAUUGAUGCAGCAGUUUAAUAGGAGUAACAUAUGGCAAAAGAGAGGUAUUUCACGGGUUCCAAUAGUGUAUGAGGUGAGGCUAAGACCAGCCCCUGCAAAAGUAAGCAUUCUUUGGGAUGGUUCGAUUGUUGUAGAAGUUGGGGGUAUUGAAUUGGGCCAAGGGCUCUGGACUAAGGUAAAACAAACUGCAGCAUAUUCUCUUAGUUUGCUUGGUUGUAGUCAAACUGAAAACCUUGUCGAAAAAGUUCGAGUGGUACAGUCAGACACUUUAAGCUUAAUUCAAGGUAAUAUCACUGCUGGUAGCACCACGUCAGAAUCAAACUGUGAAGCUGUGAGAUUAUGCUGCAAUGUCUUGGUUGAAAGGCUGUCUGCACUCAAAUAUAAGUUGCAGGAGCAAACAAGUCAGGUUAAUUGGGACAAUUUGAUACUUCAGGCACAUUUACAAUCUGUAAACAUGGCUGCCCAUUCAUACUUUGUACCUGAUCGCACUGCCACUUCUUAUCUGACCUAUGGUGCUGCUAUUAGUGAGGUGGAGAUUAAUACACUUACAGGAGAAACCAAGAUAUUGCGAGCAGACAUUGCAUACGAUUGUGGCAAGAGCUUAAACCCUGCUGUGGAUUUGGGUCAGAUAGAAGGAGCUUUUGUUCAAGGUAUUGGAUUCUAUAUGCUUGAAGAGUAUGUUACCAACUCGGAUGGACUAACGCUCACAGAUGGGACAUGGACAUACAAAAUCCCUACAAUUGAUACAAUACCAAAACAGCUCAAUGUUGAAAUUCUAAACUGUGGAGAACAUCAGAAUCGUGUUCUAUCAUCAAAAGCCUCGGGCGAGCCACCUUUGCUUUUAGCAGCAUCGAUCCACUGUGCAACCAGAGCGGCAAUCAAAGCAGCUAGAGAACAGUUGCAUAGUUGGAGCAAGGGCGAUGAACCUGAAUCAACGUUUCAGUUAGAUGUCCCUGCUAUUAUACCUGUGGUGAAGAACCUCUGUGGCUUAGAUAAUGUUGAGAGGUACCUGGAAAGUAUACUUCCCGUCCUUGAUACCACAGACAAUUAG